AUGGCGCCUCCGACCUUCAAACCGGCGUUGGUGGAGCAGCUCUUCCAGUCCGCGUGGGUGGCCAACGCAGCAAGCGCGGCCGAGACCGUGGCAAGCGACAGCAGUGAGGAGGAUGAUCUACUGGACUCCGCCCCGUUAGUCAGUGCAGCGGCCGCCGCGUCCCGGGUUCGCAAAAUCCACGCAGACGCCGUGAAGCUCAGCGCCGAAAUGUUGCGGCUCUUUGUGGUGGAGGCCUUCCGCCGCGCUCAGAUGGAAGCUAUGGUGGACGAUAGUGAGCAAGUUGAACCACAGCAUAUAGAGCAGAUUUUAGCGCAGCUUCUGUUAGAUUUUUAG